AUCCCUCUGCCAACCCUUGUUUGCUCUCUGGGUGGAAAGCAAAGAUCUCACUCCAGAGCCUGCAGCGGAGCAGACGCGGGUCUACAGCAAUCCAGCACCUGGAGAAAGGAGGCUGUGGCCAUCCCCAGCUCCUUCUUGCAGCUGGAGACAUGAGGUCCCCGGCUCUCCUGCCCGUCCUGCUGCUCCUCAUCCUGCACCUCGCAGCUGGGGCAUCUGCAGCACCGAAUUAUGUGGUCACGUCCCCAGCUGUGUUCUACCACCCACACACAGCGAUGCUGUGGGUGCAUCUCAGUGGCCUCCAUGAGCCCGUCCAGGUGACCAUCCAGUUGCAGAGAGCAGAUGGGACCCAUAACAUCACCCUGCUGGAGAGGAAGGUCCAGGAGCCUCAUCUGUACCUGAACGUCACCUUCCCUGCUCCAGCCCCCGCCAAAGGGAAGGAGGAAAUCGUAGACCUGCACGUCUCAAUCCAGGGAGAUUCCUUGGAUGUCUCCGAGAAGAAGAAGGUGAUGCUGAGAGCCCUGGAGCCUGGGAUCUUCAUACAGACAGACAAGGCUGUCUACAAGCCUGGACAGCAAGUGAAGUUUCGAAUUGUCUCUUUGGAUAAAGACUUCGCUCCCAGCGAUAAGAAGCUGCCCCUUGUGAUCCUGAAGGAUCCCAGCCAGAACCGCAUCGCGCAGUGGCGGAAGGUGAGCCCGCGGCAGGGCAUCGUGGACCUGUCCCUCCCGCUGGCGGCAGAGCCGGCCCUGGGCACGUAUAUCAUCGAGGUGGAGGGGAAGAGACACUACUUCAGCGUGGAGGAAUAUGUGCUGCCCAAGUUUGAGGUGACCAUUGAUCUCCCCACCGUGGUGCUGGAGAAGGAUAAGAAGAUCCAGGUGGAGAUUUGCGGACGGUACACCUACGGGAAGCCUGUCCAGGGCAAGGUCCAGGCCAGCUUGUGCCAGCACAUCGGGAUCUGGUACAGUCCUUUCGUACAGACCCAGAGCUGCAUCGAGGUUAGCGGGCAGACUGAGAAGAAUGGCUGCUUUUCAACAGAGGUUUUGUUGGCUGCCUUCAACCUGACCAGCUUCAUGUAUGGGAAGAAAUUCCAAGUCCAGGCAUCGCUGGUGGAAGAUGGGACAGGGCUGGAGCAAAAAAACACUAAAAGCUGCGAGAUUUUACCCGAAAUCUUUACUGUCACCUUUGAAAACAACGACGAUUUCUACAAGCCCGGCAUCCCCUACACUGGGACGAUGCUGCUGACUAGAGCCGAUGGCGCCGUGAUGCCGCAGAAGCAGCUCUUGCUCAUCGUUCACCAGCAAGGAAAAGAUAAGAGUCAGACUUUCCUGACAGACAGAUCGGGGAGAGUCUUCUUCGAGCUGGAGACCUCUGGUUGGAGCGGCAUGGUCACCCUGCAUGCUCAAGUCAACGAGACAGCUCACAGCCAGAACGAUGGCACCUACCAAGAUGCCUACGCAUACCUCAGCCCCUUCUUUUCAGCGAGCAGGAGCUUCCUGCAGAUCCACCGGCUGGAGAGCGAGCUGCCCUGCGGCCAGCCCCAGCAGCUCUGGGUGGACUACAUCUUCAUCAAGAAGGCCUUGGGGACUGAGACAGAGAACCUGGACGUGGUCUUCCUGGUCCUGGCCAAGGGGACCAUUGUCACCAUCCUCAGGAAGGAGCUGCCUGCAGGGGCUGGGCUGAGAGGCUCCUUCUCCCUGGAGCUGCCCAUCGGCCCCGAGCUGGCACCCAAGGCCAAGGUGCUGGGCUACACGGUGCUGCCCAAUGGUGAGAUGGUGGCUCACAGCAUCGAGCUCAACGUGGCCAAGUGCUUCCCCAACAAGGUGAAGAUGGCUUUUUCGGAGGACAGGGCUCUGCCCGGCUCAGCGCUGCGGCUGGAGAUGGUGGCUGCCCCGGGGUCCCUGUGUGCCGUCCGUGCCGUGGACCGCAGUGUGCUGCUCUUGAAACCCGAGGCUGAGCUCAACACAGAGGUGGUCUACAAAGUACUCCCCGAAUUCAACUACCCUGGAAGCAUUAAAGACCCACCACCCUGUUCAACCUUUUUCUGGAACCAUCCCAACUUUCUCAUUCCCUUCAGCCCAUUUGUACCGAGAACGCGACAAUUCCUUCACCACGCAAGGAGGCGUCCCUUACCUCCCCCUUCUUGGAGGAAUUCCCAGAUGGACACCUACAAGUUAUUUCAGGUAAAAGCCCUGCCUGCCUGUGCCUCCUGGCUCCUCUUCAUCCAGGAGCUGGCUGUGGUUUGCCCGGGGUGCCGGGAGAGCACAGCAACAUCCCAUGAAAGCCACGCUCGUGGCCAAGGUCUUUCCCCCGGACCCCAGGCUCCGGUCCUUCUCCGCUUGGCUUCUUCUGCAGCCCUGUGACUAUUUACUUCUGGG